UAUGAAUGACCAAAAGUCUGACAUAAAAAGUAGUCCAAAGGCUGAUCUAAAGGAUGAACAUAAAUCUGAACAUAAGAACGAUCUUAAGAGUGAGCCGAAAUCUGAACCGAAAAGUGAACCGAAGGCUGAAGCAAAAGGUGAACAAAAAGCUGAGCCAAAAGAUGAGCUGAAAGAUGAGCAAAAGACGGAUGAAUAUAAAAACCUUGAUUUUGAGCAAAUGAAAGCCAAGGCCCCAAAGCUCUUGGCUCAUAUGGUACGCAUGCUUAUCACAUGGCAAAAAAUGGGCUUCCAUGUGCCACGAGGUGUCAGGAACAUAUUUGAGUUUACCUGGGACGAGCUCAUAGAGAUAGCACCAAGAAAAUCUUUCGCUGGUUUAUAUUGUCCAAUUGUCAAAUUCCUCCCCUAUGACGAGGCUGAGCUGGCCCAGGCAACUGUAUCAAGAAUUCAAAAGGUGGGUGCUACACCCUCAGCGAGGACAGCUAAUUAUAUGGUUUCCCUUGAAAGUCAGCCGAUGCUCAUGAAAUUCCAAAAACGGUCUAUACAUCUCCUGACAGAACUUCUGAAGUUAAAGAUGAAGAUAAUGAUUGAUUCCGUUGCUGGUCCCAAUGCUGACGAGCUUGCAAAACGAUUCCUGGAAACUGGUCAACAGCUAAGCCCCAAAACCCGGGAGGAAGCAGCGGAGCUUAUGAAAGAACCCAGAAGGAAAGGGCGUAGUACAGUCCAAACGGCGCCAGCAAUUCCUAUAACUUCCACUACCCAACUCAUACAGCAAAUGUCAUUGUCCUGCCUUUGCUUUUCAUUGUCAUUCAAAGAGGUCAAACCACAAAAGAGCUCAGGUGGUGGCAGCGGCAUUGGUCAAGGCAAGGAGUCCAUUUUAUCUGACAGAUUUGAUCCAUGUCCUGAAGCAAGGGGGAAGCUCCGUGAAAUAUGCCGCCAAAUAGAACAUGAGAAGUCUGUAGCCAGAGCAAAGGGCCACGUGAGACCCCUAAUACUGAAGAAUUAUGCAACUGUGCACAAGUCACCAUCUCAGGCCUUGAGAAGAGCUUCCCUGUCUCAAUUAGCCGCUGAGAUCAGACGUUCAAAAAUGAAAAAGUUAUUCUUUUCCAUUCCUAAUGGAACAUCACUGAUUUAUUAUCCGUCCGGAAAUAUUGCAGUUUUCCAAUUUCCCACAUGCUGCAUUGCAAAGACAAUCACCUUUCUGUUUCAGGAUGUUCCAACUCAAGGACUUUUAGGCAUAUUUUCCCCAGGCCACUCAUGUCUGUCUUACUCCUUUAAAUCAAGCUUUUCUGUGGCGUUACUGAUGAAUCAGGAAGGUGGGAUAGUUAGAGACAAAUAUGGCCAUUUAACCCACCGCUGGAGCUGGUAUUCCCGAAAAGAAGUUCUUCAGUCAUUAGAUUUUCAGAUAAAUGAACAUUUAAAAUUAAAGGUUCUCAGCCAAAAUUCCAUGACCAUUACUUUUGCUGCCUUGAAUGAAACCAUCACCUUAUCUUUGAUAAGACCUGGAUGUCUGCAUGUAUGCAAGGCUGAUAAGCAGUUGACUUUAAAAAACAUUGAAGCUAAUGAGAAAGAACAUUGGAGAAGAAGCCUUAUUGACAUUAAGAGGAGGUUUGAGAAAACUAUAAAGCAAUUUAUAAACAGUGUUUUGAUGAUUUCAGGGAUAUGCUGCAUAGACUAUCCACCUGAGUUUCGUACACAACCUGUGAAGUGUAAAAAAGCAGACUCGCCACUACAGACCUGGAAUCGAAAGCUAAGAGAAGAAGCUAUGGCUUCAGCUUCAAAACCAAAAGAGAAACGAGCUGUCAGGCCAACUAGUUAUCGCCCAAUUAAAAGAAAAUUUAGGCCUCCCUCACGAGCCAAAGAAGAGAGCCCAGAUGUAAGCCCUACCCCUGAACCGUGGGCAAUUUUUCCUAUGGAGUGUCCAAUUGUGCUGCGCAAAGUUCUGACCAAAACUAAUGACGGCUUAGGUUGCAAAUGUGUAGUAAAAAUCCCAUUAAUUACAGAUUUGGAAUUUGAAAAGUUUAUCACUGCCCCAAGACACCCUCAACAAGUCAUUGUGAUAUGUGUGUUGUCACCACAAAAACAUUCCUUCUCUCCUUUCUUUGAGUGGUCUGUUGAACAGCUGUACAUAAAGUUGCAGCAUGGCCGUCCCUCACCUUGUAUUCAGAGCAAGCAUGAUUCCUACCGUUUCCUGAAAUAUGAUCUAGAGAAUCCACUGAAUAAAACGCCUCCUCUUCUGGUGCAGAAACAUGGUGUCGUUCCUGGAAUGGUGGUGAUGUAUGCCGGAGGGAAGCUGCUCUUUGGGAGCUGUGUUUUCAACGGAUACAGCUUCAGUAAGAAGGACCUGAUGAAACAGAUCAACCAAGUUUGCCUUGACUGCAAAAGAGGUCACUUCCUGCCACAGAGCUUCAAAUUUAGUCCUAUUGCUGAACCUCCGAAGAAACCCUCUUAUCAAAGUUUAGAAAGUCUUUAUAUUACCAGUAUUAAGGAAUGUGAAGAAGAGCAAGAGCCUGUUGUUGAAGAGAAGAUAGAAGUAGAAGAGAAGAAAAAAAGUGCUGGCCGUGGAAAGAAGAAAACAAAGAAAUAGUAUAAUGAGAUUGGAAGGUUAUUGUUAUUUGUUUGUUUAUUUAGCACAAAUAUUCAUGGUGGUCUGAAUCUAAUGCCGUUACAGAUGCUCAAUACAGAUAUAGCCAAGUGGAUUGCGUCCAUUAUACAGCAAACCACAUCCCAAAAGUAUCUGCCUUAUUAUCAUCAUCCGUCCCAUAAAGGAACUUCUUUCUUUCCAUAAAACAUCUUAUCUUUCUAAAACAUCUGGAGAUCCAUUCCCAGCAAAUAUUGCAGAUCUCCUUACCUUGUUCUACAGAAAUAAAACAUCUCAAGACUUUGGAAAGAAAACAAUAGUUGUGGUCAGACUGAUGUGCAGGAAGCAUAGCAAGUUUGGUGAGUUGAUAGGGCAGAGAGGAAAGGACAGCUAAGAUGGGAUACAGCAAAUAAACAAAUGAAAUGAAAGGCCAUUAGAGAUCAUUGAAAAUGGAAUUAGUUAAAUUAUCACCACCACCACAUUCAUGGUAUUCUUAUAUGAGCUCUUAUGGGAUUUCUAGCAGCAAUAUAGAAAGAAUAUCAAUAUUUUUUAAUAUAUUAAGGGAUUAUUUUGCUUGAAGGGUUGUUUAAGCAUUUGACAGAUUAUAUGAAAUAGUAAGAGUGAAAUUAAGACAUGGAUAAUUAUUAUUAUUUUAGUUUUUGGCACCCACAACCUCCUUCAAAACCAUACAAUGAUGUCCAGCA